AUGCUUAACCUGACAACACCGACUCCUGGUGAAUCCACCAGCGAAUUUGACGUCAGUACUGACGCAGGUGCGCUCAGCAACGUGACGGAUUCAAACACAGAAUACAACGAAAGAGAUUUGUACACCUGGAUCUUCUUCAUCCAUGUAGGCUAUGGCUACUGGAUCUGGACAGUGUUAAUAUCUAUAACGGGCUUAGCGGGGAACGCUAUGGUGUUUGUUUUAUUGAGAGAUGUCAAGUUUUCCCUGUUGUCCUACCCAGUGUAUCUCAGAUUCCUGGCCGUGUCAGAUAGUGUUCUGUUAAUCACAUCCUGCAUUCAGUACUCUCUGAGAUUCAAUUAUUCAUUUUACGUCAUUAUGAUUGACAUCACAGUCUGCAACCUGUGGAGGUGUAUAAGGUACACAGUAGCACUGUUGUCACCAUGGUUGGUGGUUGGACUGAAUCUGGAUAGGUUCUACUGUGUUGUUUUUCCAAUGAAACGCGACCGAUUCUGCACCAAGAGGAAAGCUACUAUCAUCUGUUCGUGUCUGAUUGCUGUGUCGGUAGCGAUGUCGAUUCCACUGGCAUAUAAUGGGAAGGUUGUGAAAGGCGCAGACAUAAUUUGUAUUGUAAGUGAUGAGCUCAUGGGAUACUUCGCUUCUCUUCGUCUGGUUUUCAACUCUACUCUACCUUGCCUAUUGAUGCUCAUCCUCAACAUUGUGAUUGGAAUCCACAUCCAGCGCAGCGUGUCCUUCAGAAAGCGAUUCACCUCCACCAGUUCUGGCUCCAAGGAAAACAAGCUGGACAAGUCGCUUCUUCCUCUCAUGUUGAUCUCCAUACUGGCUUUCGUAACUCUCCUCCCCUCAUCUAUUACAGAAAGCGUUUUCUUGGUUCUAAUAGUAACACGAAAAGACCCGAAUGCGCUUCACAUCUUCACCAAAUUGUGGCCGCCAUUUAAUAUUGUGUACCUGAUCAAUUUUGGACAGAAUUUCUACAUCCUAAUGGCCAGUUCAGCCAACUACAGGAAGAUGAUGAAAAAGAAGCUGAAAUGCAAGAAGGUCUCCAGGCAGAAAGUGACUGUCUCAGUGUCAAGAGAUCCCGUCCAGGAUUGUGAUGUUGUCGACUUCAACACAAAUGUCGAGAAAUCGAGUGGUAGACAAUCGUUAAAACCCGGGCCGACUUCGUCAGUUACUUCCUUUACUAUGGAUUGUCUUGAUGGUUCAACAGAUUUCACGGAAAUGUUACAUCUGUAA